AUGCCGGCACCCAAAGUUCUACCAGAAUACGUCUACAAGAUCGUCGACUCGGAGCCUCCGUCUCCCAUCCCGGACGUUUUCCCGCCGUCGGAGCUGGACCGGCAGGAUGGCUUCAUCCAUCUGAGCACUGCCCGGCAGGUGACCGGCCUAUUCUUCGCCACCCACACCACCCUAUGGCUCAUCAAAAUCCGCCUCGCACCACUCACUUCCUCCUCCUCCACCACCACAACAACAAACACAAUCAAAUGGGACGACCCCCCAAACGAUAACGAUGGCUGCCCCCACCUAUAUGGCACCUUUGGCGCAGCGGAUGUCGACUCUGUCGAGAAGUUUGAGAGGGUGGGAGGGGAGGAGGCGGGGUGGAAGGAGGUGUUUGGUGCGUCGAAGUGGUUGGAAUAG